AUGACUGUUCCAGUCCCAAAAACUGACGAUGAUCUCGAUGCACUUGAAGCUCUUGAAACCGAAGAGAAAGAAUUCACAAAGGACGCUGAAAUUGAUCGCAUUCUGAAAGCUUUUCGUCUUGAUGCCUAUGCAGUGCUUGACCUCCAACCCGGUGUGCCAGAAUCAGACAUUAAGAGAUGCUACCGUGUUAAAUCCCUUUUGAUCCAUCCGGACAAGACCAAAAACCCUCAGGCCCCAGAUGCCUUUGACCGGCUGAAGAAGGCGCAGACGGAAUUGAUGGACGAGAAGCACCGUGAACGCUUGGAUGAGGCUAUAGCCGAUGCGCGUAUGUUGCUGAUCAGAGAGAACAAAUGGACCGUUGACAGCGAGGAAUUGAAAACGCAGCAGUUCGCAAAGGAUUGGCGGGAGAAAACGAAGCUGGUCUUGAUCGAUAAUGAACAUAGGCGACGUAGACAGGUUAAGGCGCAAAUGCAGGAAGAGGGCCGGGAACAGAAGAAGGCUGACGACGAGCUUGAAGCUAGAAAGAGAAAAAGAGAUCAUGAACAUGAUUGGGAAGCUACGAGGGAACAGAGGAUUGGGAGUUGGAGAGAUUUCCAAAAAGGUGGAGAGAAGAAGAAGAAAAAGAAGGCUAAACCUAUUGGUUAA